AUGACAUCUGAAUCCACCAGCAAUUUCACUGCUCAACCAAGCCACACAGAUCCAUUGACAAGCUGCAAAGACGAAGAUUUCUUACAGGUGAAAUUCUAUCUCUCCAUCCUUUACAGCCUAAUCUUCCUGGUGUGCUUCCCAGGGAACAUUGUGACAAUUUUUGUUUAUUUUACUAAGAUGAGGCCCUGGAAAAGCAGUACCAUCAUUAUGUUAAACCUGGCCAUCACUGACCUAUUGUAUGUAGUCACACUUCCUUUCUUUAUACACUACUUUGCUAAUGGAAAUAACUGGAUUUUUGGAAACUUCAUGUGCACGUUUAUUCACUUUUGUUUCUACUUCAACAUGUACAGUGGUAUUAUCUUCCUUAGCUGCUUCAGCAUCUUCCGCUUUUUGGUAGUUGUCCACCCAAUUAAAUGCCUUUUCCUUCAAAAACAGAGAUGGGCGGUGGUGACCUGCGUAAUCGUUUGGGUGAUUUCCCUGGUGGCCCUCAGCCCCUUGGCCAUCUUGAUUGUCCCAAAGCAUAAGCAGAACAGGACGAUCUGCCCAGACCUGGUUGCUGCUGAGGACCUUGACACUAGUCACUGGUAUAACUGGAUGUUAACCGUGUUUGCCUUCUUCUUGCCUUUGCUGACGGUGACUCUGUGCUAUGUGCUUAUUAUUUACACCUUGGCUACUGGACCCCACACAGGGGCUUGCUACAAACAAAAGGCUCGCAGACUUGCUGCUGUCCUCUUGGUGGUCUUCUAUGUGUGC